AUGGCGGCCCAACCAGACGAUGACUCCAAGUGCCCUCCCGUAUAUUAUGAUCCAGACCAGGCCAUGCUGCAGCUCCUGCAGGCUGCGCAUCCUCAUCUUGCGUCCCAGAAACCUGUGCAGACCGUGCAAACAUCCCAGACUUCGCAGGCUUCGCAGGCUUCGCAGCGAUUGCAGCUUUCACAACCGUCGCAACCAUCGCAACCAUCGCAACCAUCGCAACCAUCGCAACCAUCGCAACCUUCCCCGUCGUUGCCUCACGUCUCAGACCCCGUACCACCACCCAUCAACCACGGCAGCAUUACCUCAGAUAACCGCAGCAGCCCCGCGGCCUUUACUCCGUCUUCAACCCAAGACAACGCCCAAGACAACUUUCGCAGAACGCAAAGAGAGGUAGUUCCCGGCUUGCCAAGAACCCAGACUCUAAAGCGCCAGCUAUCGGAGCGCAGAGAGAAUCUUACACCUGUAGAGAUGCUCGCAGAGGAGCGUCGUGCUGUCUCGUCCGAAAUCAAAUCCCCCUUCAGUCUUCUCACGGGUCGCGAUGGCGCUUCCUUCGCCACUCCGAGCGCCUUUGACUCGGCCUUUGACCACUAUAGCGACCUUGCCUUCUCCCGCACAUCAUCUCCCCGCCUUCUCGAAGAUGAGGAGCUCCCGGAUUCCGAAGACGAAGAUGAGCCCCCAAGAAAAGCCCCCAAACCUGUGCCUCCUCCAAGGCUGCAGCCUGGAGUCACUCUGAUCCCAGGGACCAACCUGCCCGACACGACUAACAUGCCUCGUGAGGAGUACGAAGCCCUUAUCCGGAACGAGCUGGAAAAUAUUUGGAUCCUAAAUUUGAGCAUGCACUUUCGCGAUCAUUCCAUGAGAGAAAAGUUCUUUCUCACAUACCGUGAACGAGAUACGCUGUGGCGCAGAGUGACCAUCUCUUUGGACUAUCGAGAUGCCCCGCCAGAUUCGCUCGAGGGUGAACUGGCCCACAUGACUCUUCAACGAGACAAGAGUGCCAAAAUCUACGAGAGCCUCCGUGACAGCUUGGCAGACAUUCAGUUUUAUGACAACUCCACAAAUCUCAUGCUCAAGACUAGCGACGGGCGUUUGCAUGUACAUGUGGUUGAAGAUGCAAAUGAAAAAAUUGACUAUCCGCGAGUUGCGACUUUGCAGCACCUCAACUGCUUAAUGGUUAAAGAGUGCGAUAUUGUCUUUGACUCCCACAUGUCCGGCUUUGUCUACAAAAUUCGCGUCGGAGAUGAAGUCAUGGUCAAGAAAGAGGUCCCAGGUGCCGAAACAGUCGAAGAGUUUCUUUACGAAAUCCAUGCCCUCCACAGUUUGCAAGACUCUAAUCACGUAGUUCGCUUCAGAGGGCUCGUCACCGAUGACGAUGGCGAGUUUGUCAAGGCUCUACUUAUCGACUAUUGCCCCAACGGCAAUCUGAUGGAUAAGAUUUACGACGAUUGCAAGACGACAUAUCUUGGUAUACCCUGGCGCAAACGUGAGCGCUGGGCCCGCCAGAUCAUUCACGGCGUCUCCGAUCUUCACGAAUCAGGUUUUGUCCAGGGCGACUUGACGCUCGCCAACGUCGUCUUGGACGACAAGGAGAAUGCCCGAAUUAUCGAUGUCAACCGCCGCGGUUGCCCCCUCGGGUGGGAACCGCCUGAGGCUAAGCCGCUGUUAGAAUCAGGCCAGCGCCUCUCGCUUUACAUUGGGGUCAAAUCGGAUCUCUUCCAGCUCGGCAUGGUCUUGUGGGCUUUGGCCAUGGAGGAAGAUGAGCCGGAAGGCCACGGCAGGCCGUUGCUUCUGGGCCCAGAAGUCAACGUCCCUGAUUGGUAUAGGCAAAUCACCGAGAUCUGCCUCAGCCACGAUCCGCGAUCUCGCCUUAUGGCGUCUCAGCUACUCACUAUGAUUCCAGAGCAAUCCUUUGCACCCGCCUACAGCCGCAUCGCUUCGCGACCCGCCGUAGAGCACAGCCAUUCUCCCCGUGAAUUGUCCGGAGAGAGUGCCCCCAACCUUGCCACUAGCGACGACACCAAUACUGACAUAGCGUUUCUCCCCCAGCGCGGCCGUUCUCCGCCGAGUCCCAUGCCGAGUGACUCGUCUCGCCAGCAAAACACUGGCUGGUCUGCCAAUGUUCCCGUUGCAGCAUCUUAUGAUGAUAUGGCAGCUAAAGCUAAGCGCUAUCUGGAUGCUAGCCGGAACAGAAAGUCGAUGCCAACGCCUGAAUCCGAGACCCUCGCGCAGAAGCAUCAGGCUCAGCAGCUCCAGCCCUCACCGCCGCCACAGCAGCAACAACAUCAGCCGCAGCAACGUCAAAUUUCUCAGUAUGAAGUCCAACAUCAGCAAGCACAGCAGCAUCAGACUCAGCAUCAGGCUCAACACCAGGCCCAGCAACAUCACCAGGCUCAGCAGCACCUACCGCUUCAGCUGCCGCCGCCGCCGCCGCCACCGCAGAAGCAACAAUAUCAGCCGCAACAACAUCAAAUUUCUCCACAGCAGCAGCAGCAAGCUCAGCAGCAGCAGCAAGCUCAGCAGCAGCAGCAGGCUCAGCAGCAGCACCUACCGCUCCAACCGCUGCCGCCGCCGCCGCAGCAGCAACAGCACCAGUCGCCCCAAUAUUAUCUGCCGCAGCAUCAAAUUUCUCAGUCUCAGGUUAAGAAACGUCCAACCCAGCAACCCCAGCCACCACAUUAUUCGCCACAGCAGAACCAGCCGCAGCAACAUCACCUCCAGCCCCACCCUCAUCAGUAUCAACAUCAUCAGCAAACAAACCUGGCACCACCUCGAUCGUAUGAUCCAGAACGCAGCUUUCUGGAUGAGGCCAGCAAAGCCUCCGCGACCCCGCCUACGUCGUUUGCAGCUAUGCCUCCCCCGAUGCAACCCACUUCUCCGAAUUCGAGUACACCUUUGAAUCAGCUGGGAUAUCCAACGCAAGCCAGCCCUUCCAAGCAACGUUCACCCUCGAACCAGUUCAGACCUCCGCAUCAACCUGCCCCUUCGAAGCAAACUACACCUUCAGAUCAGUUCAGGCCUCCAAAGCAGCCCACCCCUCCGAAGCAACGCACGCCUCCGAUUCAGUUCAGAUGCCCAACGGAAGCCAGUCCUCCGAAGCAAAACACAUCUCCGAACCAGUUCACACGCUUGAAACAACUCACGCCUCAAAAGCAGCCAACACCUCCGACACAAACUUCUAUGUAUCUGCAAACCACCGAUAGCGGUAUCGCCAUGUGGUCACCUAGCGAAGAAACUGUCGCCUAUCCCGGUAGCACCUCCCCGUCCCAUGAUCUUACCAAGAAGAUUAACGAUGAAUUGUUUGAAGAUCUGGAACGUAAUGGAGCAGCCAAAUCGGCUCUGGAAGCCAUUUUUGGGUUUCACAAAACCGACCACUCAGCCGUGGCUCAGUCGACGGCACAUCUGAACAACGCUUCCUCCGUUUCCCAUUCCACUCUGCAGCGGCCCGACAACACCCUCGAUAUUCCCCAAACCACGACACGACCGGAAAAUGCCCCCGUUCUGCCUUAUCUGUUUUCGCGACUGGACAGUAGUACCUCAACUGUACCCAUCUAUACUGCUCAGCGGCCUGACAAUCCCCCUACCGUGCCUCAACAUACCGCACGAUUGGACAGCGGCAUCUUGACUGGUCUGCCAUUACCUACGCAAGCGGUUGACGACGGCUCCUUUAAUCUUCCUUCGCUCACUGCGCGUCAGCAACUGAAUGAGCCUACAGUUGACGUUAACGAUGGCUCCUUUAAUUUUCCUUCGCUCACUACGCGUCCGCGAAUGAAUGAGCCUACGGUUGACGUUGACGAUGGCUCCUUUAAUUUUCCUUCGCUCACUACGCUCACUUCGCGGCUAGACAAAGCGUGUGAAAUGUCACAGGCCACCACGCAGCCGGGCAGCAAUGUUACGGCUAUCACACGGAAGACUUCACCGCGGGACAAGUACGCCACAACCAUCCGACAUACAGCCGCUCCGCCGGACGCCGAUAUCUCUACUCUCCGGUUUGAGACGCAGCUCGACGCAGCUAUAAAUCGACUUCACAAGUAUCAAAAUGACAAUGCAUAUACUCCUCCCCAAAGAACUGCACAGCUAGACAAUGGGACAAUGCAUGCAGAUAAAAAUACCCCAAUUUCGACCCAGACCAGCUCUCAGCAAGACAGAGACGCUGCUGCCACUCGACGAAUGAGUGAGCAGCUGAGCAAUACGUCGUCCACUCCGCAGGCUACUACGCAGCGAGACGAGGAUGCAUAUUUCAAUAUUCAAUUCGAGACGCAACCGAAAAAUACCCCUUCCAUCCCUCCAGCCAGUGCGCAGCUGGACGACAAUGCGAGCAUUGCAUCCUGCAUAUCACGCACGUCUAGUCCCGACGGCGACCUCGACGGCGGCGCUCAACUCGGCCGCAGCGAAACCGCAUUCAGUGUCAUGGACACACACUUUAGCCGACCCGCAUAUCCUGCGCCAUCAAAACUGCCCCUGGCGACGGUCACUGACACCCCGGUCACGGCUCUCGACCAUAGCCGCCAUCAUGCGCUUCAGAAGCCGAACGGUGCCCUACCCUGUCUCCGCCCGCCCCCCGGCCUUGCCGCAGCACCUCUCCUCCCCGAUGUGAAUUCGGAUAUCCAUUUCGACAGCGCUCUGUGGCCUGACGCCACUCGCCGCUUUAUGACUGGCGCGAAAUCAUGA